AUGAAGUUCUCUGUCGCCACUCUCGCUGUGCUCGCCACUGCUGUGACUGCUCAAUACGGCCAGGGUCAGAACCAAUAUGGCCAGGGUCAGGGCCAGAACCAAUACGGUCAACAGCCCCAGCAAUACCAGCCCUUCCCUCCCCAGCAGCAGCAGUACAGUGGUGGAUACUCCGCCCCUUCCCAGCAGCAGAACAAGUACUCGCCGGCCGAGUACCAGGAAUGGCACCAGUGUGUUGAUCAAUUCCUUGACGGUUUCAACGUCGGACACGAGGGCAGCAAGGCAGGCUGUUCCUACUGGACCUGUAUUGAAGGUGUCGCCACCAAGUACGGACGUGGAGGUGUUCUUGCUACCGCUGGUAACAUUGUCAGCAAAGCCUGUGCCGCUUCUGGCAUUAUUCCUAACUGGCUUUAA